UCUCACACUCAAACAAAUGAGAGAGUAGCCUGUGAGAGACGAAACUGAUGUGCUUCACUUGACAGCGCGGGAAGGAUCACAGAAGAUCCAUCGAGAACAGAUAGGCUACUAAUAGCUGAAUGGAUGAACGUGCUUCAGUCUCGGCUCCGCUCUGCACGAACAACACAUUCACUGGAAUCAGCUGCGCGCUCGCAGUAGUCCGUGCGUACCUUCCCCCCGCGGCCUGGCUACUGAUGAGAUGAGUGGAAGAUGUCGGUGUCGGGGCUGAAGGCCGAACUAAAGUUCCUGGAGUCAAUCUUUGACCCAAACCAUGAGCGAUUCCGUAUAAUCGACUGGAAGCCCGAUGAGCUAAGCUGCCAGUUUAACGUGACGGGAGAAAAGCUACUGAUAAUUCACUGCAAUAUUACGGAGUCUUACCCUUCAACCCCGCCGAUAUGGUUCGUUGACUCGGAUGACCCAAGUUUGACCGAAGUCCUUGAACGACUAGACGAUGUUAGAAAAGGCAAUACUUUGCUCCUCCAGCAGCUGAAAAGGCUGAUCUGUGAUUUAUGCCGACUCUAUAACUUGCCCCAGCACCCUGAUGUAGAGAUGCUGGACCAGCCACUUCCUGCUGGACCCAUUAAUCAAGACAGGAAGCAUGGAACAACAGAUGAAGUGACAUCAGAAGAAGAGGAGGAAGAGGAAAUGGCUGAGCAGGAUAUAGAAGAUCUAGACCACUAUGAGAUGAAAGAGGAGGAGCCGGUCGAUGGGAAAAAGUCAGAGGAUGAUGGCAUUGAGAAGGAGAAUUUGGCCAUUCUGGAGAAAAUCCGCAAGAACCAGAGGCAGGACCACUUGAACGUAAGUGUCCAUUCGGGUGCGGUUUCUGGUUCAGUUCAGGCCUCUGACCGUCUCAUGAAGGAACUCAGGGAGAUCUAUAGAUCACAGAGUUACAAGACAGGUAUCUAUUCAGUGGAGUUAGUCAAUGAUAGCCUUUAUGAGUGGCAUGUCAAGUUAAGGACGGUGGACCCAGACAGUCCGUUGCACAGUGACUUACAGGUUUUGAAGGAAAAAGAAGGCAUGGACUACAUUUUGCUUAAUUUUUCUUAUAAGGAUAACUUUCCUUUUGAUCCUCCCUUUGUGCGGGUUGUGUCUCCUGUCCUGUCUGGAGGCUAUGUUCUUGGAGGAGGAGCCUUGUGUAUGGAACUACUUACCAAACAGGGCUGGAGCAGUGCCUACUCAAUAGAGUCAGUCAUCAUGCAAAUCAAUGCCACGUUAGUCAAAGGGAAAGCAAGAGUGCAAUUUGGAGCAAAUAAGAAUCAAUACAAUCUUGCCAGAGCACAACAGUCAUACAAAUCAUUGGUUCAGAUCCAUGAAAAGAAUGGCUGGUACACACCCCCAAAAGAAGAUGGCUAGGAGAAGCAUCGAUCUGCUUGCACACUGCAAACAUGGGAUGUCUGGUCAAACCUUUGCUUUAUUUUACUAAUGUUAUUCACCUCUUCAUCUUGAGUAUGAUGCCCCUUUGUGGAAACCAUCAGCGGGGAAAACUUCUGCCCUCGUGCUGUCGGGAAUGCUCAGAAAUGUGCAUCGUCCUUUAUCUUCUGCAAGGCUGGACUUUUUUUUGACCAGAUCCCAUGACUCGGUCACACCUCGUUAACAUGACUUUUGGAUUUCUCUCUGUUUCUCAUGCUCUUUAAUCUCUUUUUUGUUUUUGUUUUUUUGUCUCAUUUAUGUUCUCAUACUGAUGGGACGUUCAGAGCCAUGGUACUAAUAGGCAUCUAACAUGGAGUUUUGAAAUGGCUUCAGAUGUUCUGAUCAGAGUAAGACAUGUUUUUUUUUUUUUUUUUUUUUUUUUUUUUUUUUCCUCCUCAUCCUCCUCUUUAGAGCCUGGCUCUGUUCAGGAUAAAAACAUGGAUGGAGACACGACGAAGAUGCUGGAUCUGAUCCUCUCUGUCUGCUUUUAAAGGACAUUCUUAUGGCCAUGCCAUUUGGACUGAGGUGGUGGUUUACUGAACUUAAAACAGGAAAUGGAUGCAACUAGAGACAAUGUGAAGACAAUGUGCCACUUGUAUCUAUAGAGACUCUUUCCUCAUGCAUUCUGAGUUAACAUAUACUGGUAAAUGUAAAGCUGAUGUUGUCGAAGAAUUGUUUCUUGCCAUCAUUCUAUGCGCAAGCUUCUUAAGCAACCCUAAUGUUAAUGGUGACUGCGAGGAAGCGAAAAGGGGCAGUUAUACGAAUCUAGCUCCUUUUGAUUUUCCACGAAGGAUGAUUUCCACCCAGUUCCCUUAUGCUCGCAUUUAGCAUAUGGCUGAUCUGAGCAGUAAUGGACAAAUGCAAACUUUGGCUAUAAAAAGGGUGAAGCGGGACUUGCCGUUGCUCCAUAGUUGAACAAAGCUCCACUUGUAUACUUGUAAAUGGAUUUAAGGCAUCUUAAAUGUGGUGUUUAUGUGAAGUGGAGGAAUUAUCAAUUGUUUUACACAUGAGGACUCAGACUUUGGGACUCAAAAUGGGAAAAAUGUGGAUGUCUUAAAAAAUAAUAAUAAUACUCAAAACAAGGUCAUAUCUUAAUUUUUAUUUAUAUAAGUGAUAACUUUUUUGUUUGUUUUUGUUCCCACCCCAGUUUUGUCACCACCUUGCCUAUUUGAAAGAUGUUCAUGAUUUCUGCUCUAUUAAAGAACAGCUGUUACAGAUUUGAGACAUAUAAGGUUUACAUUACAAAUGGACCUCUCGUUAUCAGCAGUACUUCAUACUGCUUUCCGAAGUUUGUUGGUACCAUCAGUUUCCUUUAUGUGAGCAUAGAUGGAUUAAAAUCAAGAGUGCAAAUAAUUCUGUUCUCGUAGCACAACACUACAAGAGCACUUUUACUUUACAUGCCCAGUGGAAUCUCAUAAUGGCAUUGUGUUUAAUAUAUACCUCCAGGAUAUGAUUGUCCAGUAUAGAGUCUUAAGAAUGGUCAAUGUUUCAACGUUCAGAGUCAAAAUACAUCAUACCUUCCGAUUGCUUUGUCCCCCACAACUUUGUGUUGCAGUGCAUUAUAAAAGUGAAAUUUCAGCUCUGAUGACUGUCUAAGCUUGCAGUUUCUUACCAUUUUCAAUGAAAACUCAGGAAAAUCCAUUCUGUUCUACAAAUAUUUUCGGCUCAUUUUUAUUUAUCUGUCCACUUGAAGAAUAGAACUUUGCUCUAGCUCCAUUAAAGUAGUUUUUAACAGCUUCUGCUUGCCACAGUUUAGCUUGUUUACGUUGCAGUAAGAAAUAUUAAGUGCCAAUGGCAAUUGGAUUACUCUGACAAUAAUAGCGAAUCAGAAAUGCCCUAUUCUUAUGUUUACUGAAUCUUAGUUCUUGGUCAAAUGUAGUCACAUAAACACAGUUUAUUUUUGUUUUUUAACCUCUUUGAAAUAGAAACCCUCCCAGUUGUAAAUAUUGUGGGACAUUUUGGUUCAGUAUUUGCACAGAAUGUUGUGAUUGUGCCUCUUGGAUCUGCACAGAGUUUAAGAGGGUCUUGUUAAAACUUCUGAAAGACCAGCAUCAUCACAACAGAGGCUCUUGGAUACAUAGCUUAUAUCUUUAACAUGGAUGCAAAUGUAAUCAUUUACUACAAUCACGUGUAAUUGUAAUUCAAGAGAGCCAAUGCAGAAGGAAUAUCUUGGGAAAACUAAGUGUCUACUUUGCAAGUUAAUGCUGCUGUCCUGUUUUAAGAGUUAAGUGCUCAGUCUUUGUUUCAUCAGUAAGGUUCAGUUAAAGGCAAACCUCUUCAAUAGAUGUUCUUUAAAUAGAUUUGUCAUCUCAGAAUUCAUUAUAUAUGCGUUCUCAAAAGUGAAUGACCCUGGUUUGUCCACACUGACCUAGGUUUCUGUGACUGAUAGUCUUUAGUCUGUUUCCGUGUCUGAACCGUAAUGACUUGGUGUUUUUAAAAAAAAAAAUAUAUAUAUUUUUUUUUUUUACAUUGAACACGAAUCAAACAGAAACAAAUAACAGAACUUGUUACUGGUGCCAUCUCAUUAAUUAAUGGUUCUUGAAUCUCA